CUUUAGAUUGUUCUGAUUAAACCAGUUUUUUAGCUGCUAAAAAGUUUUAUCAUGUUCCAAUUCUAUGAUACCAACCUUUUCAAUCCUCAACCUAACGCUAAAAGGAAGAAAAUAUUGGAGUGUUUUGAUCACAAGAAGCGGAAGAAUAACACACUAACAUGACUUUUCUGACAAAACACCCCUCAAAAAAGAAUAUAAGACAAAAGAAUUAAGUCAAAGUCAUAGCAGGGAAAGAUUUUCCAAAACAAUGUUAGAUGCAUUAAUAGUGUCUUGCAGGGGUAGAAUUGAUUAUGGUGAGAGGAGAUAGAUAAGAGUGUAUGAAGAGUGUAUGAAGAGGGAAGGAAAGAAGGUCCAGUACAAGUUACAACCACAACUGCCAGGUUCAGGGGUUCCUUGGAGUAGCAUUAAAGACACAGUUCCAGAUCUUCACCUCACACAUCACCAGCACCACCCAAAUGGCAAUUUUUUUGCUUUUUCUCUUUGAGAAACUAAUGCAACAAAAAGAGAACAAGCUUUUAUAAAGGAAAGGUGCAUUGAUUAUUAUCUCAAUGACUUUUAGUUGGAAGAAGAAAAUGGGAAGAAGCUUUUGUGGCUUUGAGCUUCUUACCAUGAUCUUGAUCAUCAUCACUACCCUCUUGGUGCUGCUAUCAGCACAAAGAACCCACAUUUUGUCUGUGGAUGAUUUAAUGAAUGCAGUUGGAAGCUUCAACUUUCAUGGCCUGCAACAACCACAGAUGUAUGAGGAGAAUGAGCAAGGAAGAGAAAACAAGGUGAAGAAAAUUUCAGGACUUGAUGAGAAUGAAGAGAAGCAAGCUUUUAUAGUGGAAAAAGUAAGAUCUUUGCUUGGUCUAAGGAGUUUUCAUGCCAGAAAACCAUCCAAUGGAGACUCUCAGUUUCUUCCUCCAUCACCUUCUCCAUCACCUGCUCCUGCUCCUUCUCCUGUGCUGCACCUGCAUCCUCAUUCUCAUCAUAAGCAACACCAUUUUCAUAGGAACCUUCCACCUAAGAAAACUCAUGGUGGAGAUAGAGACAGAGCUAAGAGAAUACUAGUAGCUGUUCUUGUUUCUGUGGGUGUUGCUGCAUUGGUUGGUGCUUUUGUGUCAAUCUUUUUCUGCUGGAAAUUCACAAAUCACAGAAAGAAGCCCAAGAGGACAAUGCCACUCUGCAGCAGCAAGAACAAAGAAGCAAAGGUGAGUUCAUCAAACUCAGGGCUAGAUCGGUUUUAUCUUGAUGCUUUAGGUGAGGAUAUAGAGCAACACUCUUCCAGCUUGAAAAGGUUAGAAUGUGACAAUGUUAGCUGUUCUUUCACCAAAGAAAUUGUGUCUGUUCAUGAUGAUGUGGAAGAAUCAGUGAAAGUUGAAUCUGAUGGGGGCAACUCUUCUGAAAGGGAUAAAAUUAUCCCUGAAGAUUGCAAUUCAUCAGAUGAUGAAAGCUUUCAUUCCUUUGUUGAUUCACAAUCAAAUGCUAGACUUUCCAAUGCUUCAGCUUGUAGCUUGAGUGACACACACUCUCUGUCAUCCCCUCAAAAUUCAAGUUCAUUACCAAACCAAUUUACUAGUUCUCCCCAAAAUUCAAUCUCAAAAACACAAUCUCACCAAGCACCUUAUAGUCCAAAACAUGAAGAGCAAGAGAUUGAGGCUUUUUCCAUUUCCCCUCCACCUGCUCCACCAACUCCUCCACCACCUCCCCCACCACCUCCACCCUUGCAAAUGCCACUGUUUUCUCUGCAUUCUCUUACCACUUCAUCUAGAGUUUCCUCUCACUCUCCACUUUCUUUGACAUCUCACAAUUUGUCAUCUCCUAUAAAUUCAGACACUUCCUCAAGAUCAAAUCCAAGUCCUGAAAAGGAGUUGCUUUCUCCACCUCAUCCUGACCCUACAAAAUCUCCUUCCACCAUUCCUCCACCACCAUGCCCACCUCCAUUUUUAAAAGGUAUAAGUAAAAAUGCCAAAACCCCACCUCCUCCACCAUCUCAAUUCCCUCAAUUCACACCAUUAGGCAAAGAUGGUACACCACUGCCAAAACUCAAACCACUUCACUGGGACAAAGUAAGAGCUGCACCAAAUCGCACUAUGGUUUGGGAUAAGCUAAGAUCAAGCUCAUUUGAGUUGGAUGAGGAAAUGAUCAAGUCACUUUUCGGCUACAAUUUACACGGUUCGAUUAAGGAUGACGAAUCAAAGAGCAAAACCCCAUCUCCAAGCAAGCAUGUUCUUGAGCCUAAACGGCUGCAGAACAUAACAAUACUCUCAAAAGCUCUGAAUGCGACAGCUGAACAAGUUUGUGAAGCACUAAUGCAAGGGAAAGGACUGUCUUUGCAACAACUAGAAGCACUGGUGAAAAUGGUGCCCACCAAGGAAGAAGAGGACAAGCUCACCAGUUACAAAGGCGACAUAAAUGAACUGGGGUCAGCUGAAAAGUUUUUGAGGGCAAUGCUGAGUGUCCCAUCUGCCUUUCAACGAGUAGAAGCCAUGCUCUAUAGAGAAACUUUUGAUGAUGAAGUUGUUCAUCUCAGGAACUCAUUUUCAAUGCUCGAGGAGGCAUGCAAAGAGCUAAGAUCAAGCAGGCUCUUCUCGAAACUGCUUGAAGCGGUACUGAAAACCGGCAACCGCAUGAAUGUAGGAACAAUCAGGGGUGGCGCAAGUGCAUUCAAGCUCGAUGCGCUUCUCAAGCUUGCAGAUGUGAAGGGAACUGACGGCAAAACCACCUUGCUCCAUUUCGUUGUUCAGGAGAUUGUUCGCUCUGAAGGGAUCAGAGUUUCAGACAGCAUCAUGGGGAAGAUCAGCCAAAGAACCAACAAGAACCGAACAGAGGAAGAGAAGGAAGAUGAUUACAGAAGAAUGGGACUAGAACUUGUUUCUGGUCUCAGCACCGAACUUUACAAUGUUAAAAAGACAGCAACUAUUGAUUUGGAUGUUCUUGCAAGCUCUGUGUCGAAUCUCUCAGAGGGAGUGGCGAGGAUGCAAAAUCUGGUGGACAUGGAGUUGCGUGAGGAUGAAGGAAGCAUGAACUUUGUGCGGUCUAUGAAGAUGUUUUUGAACUAUGCAGAUGUGAAUUUGAAGGAGUUGCGAGGUGAUGAAGAUAGAGUUCUUGCUCGUGUGAAGGAAAUCACAGAGUAUUUUCAUGGGGUUGUGAUGAGCAAAGAGGAUGCAAACCUGCUAAGGAUCUUUGUCAUAGUGAGAGAUUUUCUGGGGAUGUUGGAUAAUGUGUGUAAAGAGCUUAGAAGAUCUAGAACUCCACGCACUCCAAAUCCUCUUGCUCCCUUCAGAUAAAGAUUGUUAUCACUGUGUGUGUUCAUAGGGAUUGAAAUUUUCAAACAAACUGAGUGUAACUUUAUGGUUCUUGUGGAGUUUUUGUAAUAUGUGACUUUCAAAUGAUAGUGUAUCUAUUACUAGUAGAGGAUUAAUGUUCUUACAGUUUGAAAAUUAGUGAUCACUAUUCA